CGUUAAAGCAAGAAACAACAUGCAAGUGCUCUUUUUCAGCCGUAUAAUUCACUUUGCCUUCUUGACCCUCUGCAUUCACAGUGAGCUAGCCAGCUCUACGAUGAAUGAUGGCAACUGCAGUAAUGACCGGGACAAGUUUUCCCUGUCUACGGUGGCACACUGCACAAGAAUGAUGAAAUCAUCUUCAAGUAGUCAAUACAAAUUGGACGCAAUGGGUUCAGACAAAAUGUCCAUGUGUCGUGUUCUCGCUCAACCGACUCUUGAAUCACAGGCGUAUACAGUAUCAGCAGAGUUACUUAACCAAGCAGGUUGGCAGGGAAUAAACAGCGGCCAUCUUGGAUUGCUUUUUAACGCAAGGGAUGAGAACAACUUUGAUUUUGUCUACUUUAGACCUCAUAGUGCUGGCGGCUGUUAUCAGACAGGAUUCAUGAAGAGCGGAAACCUGAACUUUAUCGAGAGUAAAGCGUGUCCUAAAGGUCCACCCAAAGGUGGGGUCUGGUUCCAAGUGUCGGUUAAGGCUCACGAUCAAGAUGCACAGAUCUAUUUCAAUGGAGACUUGGUGACGACUAUCAAGACCCAUCAUACCCUACAGGCUCGUGCAGGAGUUUUCACCUUCCAUGGAUACCAAAACGUGGUUCUUUUUAGAAACUUCCAAAUCGACCCUCAGCUCUACGUCUCUAAAAGAUGCGCGAGAACAGUCGAAUUUCCGGGGUAUGUCAAACUCGAUGCAGAUCACGGAAGCUGGCCGAAGGAUGGCUUUUGUCAAGUAUCGUACUUGAAUGGCUGCGGGACCGGGAACUACCAGAUAAGUGUGGACAUGUAUAACUUUAUUGGGCGAGAUGGAGUAAACUUCGGGCAUUUAGGUGUAUUUUUCAACGCUGAAGAUGGGGACAACUAUGACUUCGUGUACUUCAGGCUGCACAGUGUUCGCAGUUGUUUUCAAACAGGUUACGUUUACAAAGCCGAACCAAAGUUUGACGGAGCCAAAAGCAGUACUUGCCCUGCCGGUCCCCCCAAGGGAGCAGAGUGGUUUAGUGUCAAGGUGACCGUAUCAACAGCCCUUCCUGCAGGGAAAGUCAAUGUAUACCUUAACGAUAAUCUGGUGACGUCAUGGAAUCCCCGUUAUGUUGUCAAAAGUCAUGGAGGUGUUUUGGUUGCAAAUGGUUAUAAGAAUGUGGCGUACUUCAGGAAUUUCCGAAUAAACUUCCAAAUCGACCCUCAGCUCUACGUCUCUAAAAGAUGCGCGAGAACAGUCGAAUUUCCGGGGUAUGUCAAACUCGAUGCAGAUCACGGAAGCUGGCCGAAGGAUGGCUUUUGUCAAGUAUCGUACUUGAAUGGCUGCGGGACUGGGAACUACCAGAUAAGUGUGGACAUGUAUAACUUUAUUGGGCGAGGUGGAGUAAACGUCGGGCAUUUAGGUGUAUUUUUCAACGCUGAAGAUGGGGACAACUAUGACUUCGUGUACUUCAGGCCGCACAGUGUUCGCGGUUGUUUUCAAACAGGUUACGUUUACAAAGCCGAACCAAAGUUUGACGGAGCCAAAAGCAGUACUUGCCCUGCCGGUCCCCCCAAGGGAGCAGAGUGGUUUAAUGUCAAGGUGACCGUAUCAACAGCCCUUCCUGCAGGGAAAGUCAAAGUAUACCUUAACGAUAAUCUGGUGACGUCAUGGAAUCCCCGUUAUGUUGUCAAAAGUCAUGGAGGUGUUUUGGUUGCAAAUGGUUAUAAGAAUGUGGCGUACUUCAGGAAUUUCCGAAUCUUUUGAGAAAAAAAUUCAGAUGGUUCUCUAUUUCUAUCUCGAGGGAUUGUAGAUUUCUCGGGAAUUCAGUUCAAACCGUAGGCCGGCAGGCAAGCGUUGUAGUUGUCAUUUUAAUUAAAGAAAGAAAUA